AUGGAGCGUACAGAGCCUACUCGCCCGAUCCCUCAAGCCCCUCAAAAGGUCUUAAAAUGUCUGGAUUCAAUGCAAGCUUUGGUGGGAGCAUCCCUGAAUGAGAGGGAAUGGGCCACCAACGUCCUUGUUGACGAUUCUCUACCAGCAUUCCUGCUCGUGUUCAUCGGGAUCUUCUCUCUCGUGUGUUUCUUGGCCUCAUUGAAAGUACAUAUCGCGCUUGCUGUGGUGGAGUUGAAUCUCACCAUAGCCUUUGCGCUCCUGUCGGGGGCGUUUUGGGAGGUCGCUGAGGGAAACGCAAGUGUCGCGUCGAACCUCCAGACGGCGGACGGUACCUUUCUUUUUAUCGCGGGAAUUGCGGCUUGGUAUAUUCUCUUCGCGCUCAUCCUGGGCUCGGUGAGAUUUCUCCUUGCACUCCCCGUGGCGACCUCAGCGGCUUCUUGA